AUGGAAGAGGGCUGGGCCGUUGCGUUCAUCUCUACUACUGUUACCACUGAACUUAACUCUCGAGUUCUUUCUUUCUUUUGCAGCUUUUCUUUCUUUCUUUUCUUUCUUUCUUUUCUUUCUUUCUUUCUUUUAAAUAAUUUCUCAUCGCUCCUUCUCCUCCACCACCUUAUGUCUCUUAUUUUCCUCUUCCUUCUCCUCCUGUCUCUCUGUUUCCUUCUCCUUCUCUCUCUCUCGCUUUUUCGCUCCUCGCCCUCCUUCUCUCGUCUCUCCGUUUCCCUCUGCCUCGCUUUUUCGCUUCUCCUCUUCCUCCCGUCUCUCUGUUUCCCUCUCCUUCUCUCCCUCGCUUUUUCGCUCCUCGCCCUCCUUCUUCCGUCUCUCCGUUUCCUUCUCCCUCGCUUUUUCGCUCCUCCCCCCCUUCUUCCGUCUCUCCGUUUCCCUCUCCCCUCCUUUUUCGUUUCUCCUCCUCCUCCCGUCUCUCCGUUUCCCUCUCCCUCGCUUUUUCGUUUCUCUUCUUCCUCCCGUCUCUCCGUUCCCCUCUCCUUCUCUCCCUCGCUUUUUCGUUCCUCGCCCUCCUUCUUCCGUCUCUCUGUUUCCCUCUCCCUCGCUUUUUCGUUUCUCCUCCUCCUCCUCCCGUCUCUCCGUUUCCCUCUCCCUCGCUUUUUCGUUUCUCUUCUUCCUCCCGUCUCUCCGUUCCCCUCUCCUUCUCUCCCUCGCUUUUCCGCUCCUCGCCCUCCUUCUCCCAUCUCUCCGUUUCCCUCUCCCUCGAUUUUUCCUUCUCCUCCUCCCUUCUCUCCGUUCCCCUCUCCUUCUCUCUCUCGCUUUUUCGCUCCUCGCCCUCCUUCUCCCGUCUCUCCGUUCCCCUCUCCUUCUCUCCCUCGCUUUUUCGUUCUUCGCCCUCCUUCUUCCGUCUCUCCGUUUCCCUCUCCCUCGCUUUUUCGUUUCUCCUCUUCCUCCCGUCUCUCCGUUCCCCUCUCCUUCACUCCCUCGCUUUUUCGCUUCUCGCCCUCCUUCUCCCAUCUCUCCGUUUCCCUCUCCCUCGAUUUUUCGCUUCUCCUCCUCCCUUCUCUCCGUUCCCCUCUCCUUCUCUCUCUCGCUUUUUCGCUCCUCGCCCUCCUUCUCCCGUCUUUCCGUUUCACUCUCCCUCCUUCUCCCGUCUCUCCGUUUCCCUCUCCCUCGCUUUUUUUUUGUUUCUCCUCUUCCUCCCGUCUCUCCCUUUCCCUCUCCCUCGCUUUUUCACUCCUCCUCCUCCACCAUUUUUUUAUCCUCUUCUUUCCCGCUUUUUCUCACCUCCUCCUCUCCUUCGUUUAUCCGCCACAUUUCCUCUCUUACUUCUCCUCUCCCACGUUUUUUGCCUCUCCUCUCCACCCGCUUUCCGCUUAG